AUGUCGGAGGCAAGGCCAGGAAGCCCGGACCAGGGCUCCGUAUGCCUCCAGUUUUCUGACGGCCGAUUCUUGCGUCAGGUUCUGCUUGAGGCACAGCGGAAUGGCAGUGAUCCAAGCAGCCUCUCAAAGCUGGAAGGAAUGGGCUUUGGCCCUGAGAUUGCGAAAGUUGCUCUGCAUGUUGCUGCCGGCGAUGAGUGCAAAGCCCUUCAACUCUGCAUGUCUGGCCUUUCCUUCGUGGAUCCAGAAACUGCCUUGGAAAAUUAUGCACCUCCGGCUCCUCUGAGGUGUUACAUCUGUGGUCAGAAAUAUUUGACCCUGAAGUCCUUAGAGAUGCACCUUCGAGCAUGCAAGCGCCGCUUCGAACUGCAGGAGUCCAAGCGACAAUCACAAGAACGGUGUCAGCUGCUUGAGGAGUGGGAGCUUCCUGACGGCGUGAGUUGCCUUCAGAAGCACUGCAACACUGUCCGAAGUCUGGGGAUGCCCCAAACCAUUGCGACAACGUUCGAGGAUUGGGUUGAAACCCGACAGCCUGCAGCCGAUCCCUCGAAACUCUUGCCCUGCGAGUUCUGCAAGCGAACCUUCCUGCCUAGCCGGUUGGAAACUCACCAAAGAGUGUGUCUGCAGCGUCCCAAGCAGGAACCAAAGCGGCCUGUCAGGAGACAAACCAUGCCCGCCAGACCCCCACCGGCUGCCAGCAAUGCAUUCAACGCCUUCUGCAAUCAGCUGCAAAGGUGUGCAACCUGUCAGCGACAAUUCAAACCCGAGGUGCUGGCUGCGCACCAAAAACGAUGCGCCAGUCAGGGUGCGACAGCGCCUCCAAGACGUGCAAGAGCGGCUUCCCCACUUCAAGCCGACCGGAGCCGUUCCGGGCAGUCCUCGAUGUCCGCGCACUCUUUCACGCCACCCAGCCGGACUUCACCAGGCUCACCUGGCUCACCUGGCUCAGGUUCGUCGCCGCCCCAGACGGGAAACAGGGCAAUCAGGGCAGCCUCGUUUCGCCUGAAGUGGUCCCCGGAAGCCCUCCUUCCGGGGAACUCUGCGGGGAACCCUGCGGGCAACUCUGCGGGAAGCUCGUGGCUCUUGGAUUUAGGCCUGAUUUCAGCAGCAUCCUCAGAAGAUGAAGCGAGGAUCGCUGGACAACUCCGAGAUCGGAUUCCCGGCCUUCGCAUAUCUGGCAUCUAUGCUGCCACCCUGGUCCAGCAGAGUGUCUAUGAUGCCUUGAAAACCACUCUGAGCCAGGGAGGCCAGGUUCCAGAAGAGCGAGAUCUCUGGCACGGAACUUCAUGGAGCUUCGUGCCCAAAAUCCUCAAGCAGGGUUUCAACAGGAGCUUCGCUGGCCGGCACGGCACCUUGCUGGGACAUGCUACCUACUUCUCAUCCGAUCCGCGAUACUCCUUGCGGUUCUGUGACAGGGGAGGUGGGGAGCUAGGGAUCAAGGCGCUAAUUCUGUCCAAAGUUUUGGUUGGACAAUACUGCAAGGGCUCCCCAACUGACGUGGAGCCUCCAGUGUGCAACAGUGACGGAGACAGAUACGACACGACCGUCGACUCAGUCGACUCUCCAUCGAUCUUUGCGGUCUUCAGAGACUUUCAGGCAGUCCCCCUGUUCUUGGUUGAGGUUUUGUGUGACUAG